GGCUGCAAUUAGGCCUUGGGGAUAAAACGAGGUGCACAGAGCAGGCUGGGCGCAUUCCUCCCCGAGAUGGCGGGUCUGUCUGCAGCGGCCCAGCACCCCGGAUUCCUGCUCUUCUUACUGAGCCUCCUGCACCCCGCGCAGCCUGGAGGGGUCCCUGGAGCUAUUCCAGGUGGAGUUCCUGGAGGGGUUUAUUAUCCAGGGGCUGGUCUUGGAGGCCUGGGAGGAGGAGGAGUGCUGGGUCCUGGAGGCAAACCACCCAAGCCAGGUGCUGGAGUUGGGGCAUUUGGGGCAGGUCCUGGAGGGCUUGCUGGCGGAGGCCCUGGGGCAGGCCUGGGGGCUUUUCCUGGAGGUGCCUACCCUGGGGCGCUGGUGCCCGGUGGGGCAGCCGGAGCUGCAGCAGCUUAUAAAGCGGCUGCCAAGGCGGGUGCCGGGCUUGGAGGUGUUGGUGGAGUUGGUGGCCUUGGUGGCGUCGGCGGCAUCGGUGGUGUUGGCGGUGUUGGUGGCAUUGGUGGCCUUGGUGGAGUCGGUGGCUUAGGGGUGUCUACAGGUGUGGCGGUGCCACAGGCUGGAGUGGGAGUCGGAGCUGGAGGAAAGCCGGGGAAAGUACCGGGUGUGGGCCUCCCAGGUGUGUACCCAGGUGGAGUGCUGCCAGGCACAGGAACUCGGUUCCCUGGUGUGGGGGUGCUCCCUGGGGUUCCCACCGGUACAGGAGUCAAGGCCAAGACCCCAGGUGGAGGUGGCGCUUUUGCUGGAAUCCCAGGAGUUGGACCUUUUGGGGGCCAGCAGCCUGGUGUCCCACUGGGGUACCCCAUCAAAGCACCCAAGCUCCCAGGUGGAUAUGGACUGCCCUACACAAAUGGGAAGCUGUACGGUGCUGGUGGAGCAGGGGGCAAGGCUGGCUACCCAACGGGGACAGGGGUUGGUUCCCAGGCAGCUGCCGCAGCUAAAGCAGCCAAGUAUGGAGCUGCUGGAGGCUUGGUGCCUGGCGGACCAGGAGUUAGGGUCCCAGGCGUUGGGAUUCCUGGUGUUGGGGUCCCAGGUGUUGGAGUCCCAGGCGUUGGAGUCCCAGGUGUUGGGGUCCCAGGUGUUGGGGUCCCAGGUAUUGCAGGUGUACCAGGAGCUGUGUCACCAGCUGCCGCUGCCAAAGCAGCCGCCAAAGCAGCCAAAUAUGGAGCUCGAGCUGGAGUUGGAGUUGGAGGCAUUCCUUCUUAUGGGCUUGGCACUGGAGGCUUUCCUGGCUAUGGUGUUGGACCUGGCAUAGGAGGUGUUCCUGGUGUCGGAGGCGUUCCCGGAGUCGGAGGAGUUCCUGGCGUGGGAGGAGUCCCUGGAGCUGGCAUUUCUCCUGCAGCUCAGGCAGCAGCCGCCGCCAAAGCUGCUAAGUAUGGUCCCGGGGGAGCUGGAGCACUGGGAGGGCUGGUGCCAGGCGCGGUGCCGGGCGCGGUGCCGGGUGCAGUACCAGGCGUGAUCCCUGGAGUGCCAGGCGUAGGAGGGGUACCAGGAGUCGGGACCCCAGCUGCUGCCGCUGCUGCCAAAGCUGCUGCCAAAGCUGCCCAGUUCGGUUUGGGACCACGUGUCUCUGUGGAUGCUGGGGUUCUUCCUGGUGCUGGUGUGGGCCCUGGGGGUAUUGCAGGAGCAGGAGCCUUGGCCGGAGGGAAAUCUGCUGCGCAGCUAGCUGCCAAAGCCCAGUACCGGGCUGCUGCCGCAGGACUUGGCGCUGGGGUACCCGGAUUAGGAGCUGGUGCCGGGGUGCCUGGAUUGGGAGCUGGCGCUGGUGUUCCUGGGUUUGGGGCAGGAGCAGCACCUGGAUCUCUGGCAGCAGCUAAAGCAGCCAAAUACGGUGCAGCUGGAGCCGGAGGUCUGGCUGGAGCCGGUGUUCCAGGCGGUGUAGUGGGAGCUGGACCCGCUGCCCAGGCUGCUGCUGCCAAAGCCGCCGCCAAAGCAGCCCAGUAUGGCCUGGGAGCCGGGGGGCUCGGAGUCGGGGGUCUGGGAGUCGGGGGCCUUGGAGCUGGGGGCCUUGGGGCUGGAGCCAUCCCAGGUGCUGGCGGCCUUGGAGGUGUGUCUCCAGCAGCCGCUGCUAAGGCAGCUAAAUACGGUGCUGCCGGCCUCGGAGCCGGCCUUGGAGCCGGCAGGCCAUUCCCAGGCGGAGGAGUGGCAGCGAGACCUGGCUUCGGACUGUCCCCCAUCUACCCAGGUGGUGGUGCUGGGGGAGUCGGAUUCGGUGGAAAACCCCCGAAACCCUACGGAGGAGCCCUUGGAGCCCUGGGCUACCAAGGUGGGGCCUGCCUGGGGAAAUCCUGUGGCCGGAAGAGGAAGUGAGCCCCCAGGACCCCGACUUCUCGACCUCAUCAACGUUGGUGCUACUGCUUGGUGGAGAAUGUAAACCCUCUGUGACCCCCCCUCACCCCAGCCCCCACCCCGGGAGGGGACGGCAGGAGCCCCCGCGGGCCCGGAGUGCCCCACCCACAGCCUCCAUCGGUGCUACCUGCUGGUGCUUCAUGGCUGGUGCUUUACCUUCCCGGGGGAGGGAGAAGGGUAGGGACACCCUGGGGUCCCCCCCACCGCCUGGGGUCCCUCUGAAGAUGAUGGGGCCUGCCCACCAGGUGCUACCCCUGGCUGUGUCCAGUUGGUACCCCAGUUCCAAAACCUCAACGCUGGAUUCGGUCACACCAUCCCCCUGUGCCUUGGGGUCCACUAGACCCCUCUCUCCUUACCAAUACCUGGCUCCCCACCCUCGAUCUAGGGGAAUCCAUCCACCCAUCUGUCCGUCCAUCCUUUCUUCCCCCCAGUUGACGGACGGCUCAGUGCCGCUGACUGGCCGGGCAGACCUGCCAUCCACCUGGCUUCCUGUCAGCGCAGCCUGUGCCCUGCCCCCACCCCACUCCGCACCCCUAUGCUGGCCCAGGUCAUGGGGGGAGUGCGGACAGGGGGGGUUUCACACACAAGUACUGUAUCCCCAAUCCUUCUCCAGGCACUGUGCUACAAGGCGUGUCCCCUCCCGGCCCUCCCACUUCCUGGUGUCUCGCUGUGAUCAAUAAAUAUUUUAUUUUUUGUCCUGGAUAUUUGGGGAUUAAUGUUUGAUUGUUGAUGUGCUCUUGAGGUUUUAUUGUUGUGGUUAGUUGAAGAAGAAAAAGUUGUGUUGUUUUGUUUUGUUUUUUUUUCUAAUCUGGGGGAGCUGUAUCCUCUGUAGAAAAGCUCAUUUUAAUCACUUUGGUAUAACUCUGAAUGGAAUACACAUUUUUUUUUUUAAUAAGAAAAGAGAAUUAACUGCUUCUGAACAAACUAAUAAAUGAAAACCUUUCCAAGGAAA